AUGGAGAGUAGCGAGAGCAAGAAGAGGAGAGAUAUUGAUAAAGAAAAACAAGAAGAUGAAGAAGAGAAGAUGGAAAAGUUCUAUGCAUUGAUAAAAAGAAACGAAGACAUGCACUGCCGAUUCAAAGAAAUUGAAAAAGAGGAAAAGGCUUUCACUGCGCCUAGGAAUCCAACCUUCCGACCUGAAGACUUCAUGGACCAUGAUGCAGACAUUAAAGGUGGUAAGAGCUUACAACAACUACCUAGACCCUCUAAUAAGAAACCACAAGGAGGAGAAGGUUGUGGUACUGCUUUAGAUUUAAACCUUUCUCUGUAG